GUUUUAGUAACAUUUAUUCUGAUCAGAAAGAAACAUCCCACCUAGAGCCAUGAAGCGUGUAGUGCUCGCUGUCUUCGUCUACAUCGCAUCUGUGCGUUGGGUUUCUGCGGAGAAUCUACUUACAAACCAGGAACUUAUGAACAGCUACAUUUUUCCGAGAAGUGUAACCGUGGCAGUUGGUGAAAGUAUUCACCUGAAGCUUCUUUCCCCAAUGAACGACGACGACCAUUGUCUUUACCGGGAGCCAGGUUCAACAGUGGAUAUAGAUGUUCACGCAUCCUCUACAUUUAACAUGGAAAUGAACAAUGAUUAUAGAUACUCGUACCCACGAAAAGUAGAUGCUAACGAAUGUGGAAUAAAAGUUCUGAAAAUCUCUCACGAAGAUGCAGGUUUCUGGCGGCUAACGUUGGUACGGGGAGCUACCGUUAUUCGAGGGAUCUCGAUGGUCUAUGUGAUCGAUGUUCCGUCAGUGCCGGAUCCUGGUGAACAAGAUUCAAUUGUCAGUCUAGAAGAAAUAACUCCCGACAGGACUGAUUACUGUUAUGUGUUAAGAAGUACGGACUCUCACAACCGGAACGUGCCGAUGUAUGAGCAAUGUUCAUUGGUUACUGAUGCAAUGGAUCCCACCGGAAGUGGGCGUUGGAAUGUUAUAGCAGGAGUGCAAGGCCAUAUGCGUGAGAUGAAUUUUGCAAUCAACAUAGAGCACAAAGAGGAACAAGUCAUAACGUCUAUCAGUCGAGCUUCCGAUUUCGAGGUGCUGAUGUGUCAUCUGCGCUACUCUAAACAUAUGAUUAAGUUUUGCCGAUUCAUUCGAGUGGCAGACAAUUUAGGAUUGAAUAUGUUGGAGGGAGUCGGAUGGGAUCGGUAUCGCUACAAUGGAAACGGAUUCAGUGCCGGUGAUUGUGGACUGGAAAUCGAGGAUCCGGCCACCAUCGAUAGAGGCCUGUGGAAGUGUGUAAUUGGAUAUGGUGAUGAUGAAGUGAUCAAGGUUACCGGUGCCAUUUUGGAUAACAAUGAAACUGAAUCUGAACUCAAAAUUAUUGCGGCAGAGAACGUGAAUGCUUUGAAUGGCACUGAAAUGACACUGCAAUGCAACGCCAACAAACCAUUGGAUUACUGUUGGUUCAAGGAUCCAAUGGGUAAUUCAUAUUCGGUUUCCGAAAGUUCGAUUUCAGAUGACGACAUGUACUACUGGUAUAGUGGAAUUUCUCUAAAAAUGGGUGACUGCGGGAUCAAAAUAGCACCUAUUACGAUGGAAAUGACUGGGCAGUGGAGUUGUCAUGUCGGUAGCAGCAAUCUUUUUGCUCUUGAGGUAUCGGAGUUUAUCACUGUAAGAAUUGGUCUAUCCCAAAUGAUUGCGUCAGCAAGCUCGAUGGAAACUACCUUGGAAACUGCGUUAGCAUUGGAGUGUUCGUCGAUUCCAAAGAACACACCACUUCAGUAUUGUAGGUUCAUGACACCCAGUGGUCAAGCUUUCAGUUUAGACGAAAAUGUGACAUCCGAUAGAGCAAUCCUGGACAAAUACUAUUCCAAUCCAAAUCACGAUCCAAAAAAUGGUUUUUGUUCACUUAUUGUCAAAAGCAUAGGCACAUCUGAUUUGGGUGAAUGGAAUUGCGCAGGAAAAAUUGCAGGUCAUACUACGGAACACUACGCUACGAUAACAGUUCAAACGAUACCAGAUUCGGAGCUUGCUGUCGCUUCCAUCGUCGGAAUGGUCCUGGGAGGAAUUGCCAUACUUGUGAUAGCGACUGGAUUAUAUAUUUACAACUUCCGACGAAGAAUGCAAAGACAGUUGGCUGCCUUUAAUCAGGGAAUAGAAUUACAAGACCGAGGAUUUCGAACGGAAACCCAACCUGGCCCACGUUCCAGUAUGUCCAGUGACAACAGUCAGGAAACUCAACGAAGUGAUAUUCAACUACACAAUCCGUAGAAUAAUAUCUUUUUAGUGGAAACUCUUCU